CGCAGUCGCAGACACGCGCAAGACUCACCGCGGAGCAGCGACCGAAACUCGGAGACGCGGCGCACACUCGGGACUUUAAGUGAUGAGCCAUGGAAAAUGGAGGCCGCCUCCCCUCCUCCUCCUCCGUAUCCUCGGUGUCCUCCGUGUCCUUGCUGGAGGUCAAGGCCGAGUCUCGACUGGUACUUCAGGCUUUUCUGCACCGCACCGCUAACAUACCUCUGACAGAGCGGCCUGGCAGGGUGGGAGGAGCCUACCGUGACCACAACAAGCUCAGAUACAGUUCCAAAGGGUGGGAGGGCUGGGACUCUCAGGCCGAGGAGCUCAGCUCUGGAGAUGAGAAGAAGAAUGGCUUCAUUGGCCUUAUUAAACAGCUGCCACGACGGAGCAUUCGCUCACCCAAGGGCCCCCCCCGAGGCAAGAGCACACAUCAGAGGGACCAUGAGGAUGAGCAGGGCUCUCAGGUUUCAUCAGAUGAAGAAGACUCUGACAAGAAGAAAAAGAUGAGCAGGAAGAAGAUCAAACGCCAACUGACCAGGUUCUUCAAGAGGAGGCUAGACAAAGAGAAGGACAAGGAGAGGGACAAGGAGAGGGACAAAGAGAAGGACAAAGAGAAGGACAAGGUGAAAGAGAGAGAGCCUUGCCCGCCUCCUCCCUCUACCCGGCCCAGCACCCUGCCCCUGGGCCCCCCCGCGGCCCCAGAGAACUCCCCGCUGGUCAUCUCCCCCAGCCACCCUCCGGAGUUCUACGAGGAGGUAGCUGAGCGUCUGGAGCAGAUCGCCUACAGGAGCUCCACCAUCAAGAGGCCGUCCCCCAAGCCUCCCAUACAAAAGCCCCCUGAGCAAGAGUCCCCUCCAAGGCAACCCUCUCCAGUGUAUGACAAAGAGACGAUGGUGAAGAGGCUGGUGGACCUUAUUACUCUGGAGGGAGACGCAAUCAACAUUAAGAUUGAAUCAGAUCCGUUCCUGCGCUCCAGUCUGUCCCGUCUGUCCUACACAUCCUUUGCCCACCUCCAGGAUGCCGUAAUCAAUGAUCUGAGGUUGUGCGAUGUGCCAACCCCGCCCCCUGACACCAGCCCCACUCUGCGCCGCAUCGCCGUCUCUAUGGAGGUGUCCCGCCGCAUCGUUACGGCGACUGGGACCCAGCGCAUGCAGGGCUACGCCGAAUGCUACAUGGAGAACUUUGCCCCCUGGGUCAAGCGUCAAGGAGGAUGGGAGAAUGUGAUGGACCUGGAGGACGAGUACGACUGACCCUCACAGGACCACCGCACACACUAGAGCGCUAAAAU